UAAAAGCAAGAAGUGCUCUACACCUAGUUCCAAAGGUCUUCCACUUGCCUCAGCCACCAGAGGAGGCAACAUGAUUGAACCCAUCGGGAAUCAGUACGUUGUGGCCCGGCCAGUGUAUUCUGUGAAUACUUUUGCAGAAGAACAUAAGAAGAAAGACAGAUAUCACAAGACAUUUCUGGAUCAUCUCAAGCACUGUUGUCGCUGCUCCCCACAAAAGGCCAAGAAAAUUGCCCUGUCUCUAUUCCCCAUAGCAUCUUGGUUACCAGCAUAUCAGCUACAGAAAUGGCUGCUCAGUGACAUUGUUUCUGGUAUCAGCACAGGGCUGGUGGCUGUACUGCAAGGUUUGGCGUUUGCUCUCCUGGUCAACAUUCCCCCAAGCUAUGGCUUGUAUGCAGCCUUUUUCCCAGUUAUUGUGUACCUUUUCUUUGGCACUUCUAGACACAUAUCUGUGGGUCCAUUUCCAGUCCUGAGUAUGAUGUUGGGACUAGCAGUUGAAAAUGUAGCCAGCACACUCCAUGUCACUACCACCAACUCCUCUGACAGCACAGUGAGUAAUGCUUCAGUGUCGAUGGAGGAGAAGGUGACGGUGGCUGCGACAAUCACGAUCCUUUGUGGGCUCAUCCAGUUGAUUAUGGGAGUUCUGCAGAUUGGAUUUGUAGUGAUCUAUCUAUCUGAGUCCCUGAUCAGUGGCUUUACCACUGCAGCUGCUGUUCACGUUUUGGUUUCCCAACUCAAAUUCAUGCUUCAGCUCACAGUCCCACCACACACGGAUCCAUUUUCCAUUUUCAAAGUUCUACAGUCCAUAGUCACACAAAUAAAGGACACUAAUAUUCCAGACCUGGUGACAUCCCUGAUUAUACUAGUGAUUGUGUCUGCGGUUAAAGAAGUGAAUCAGCGCUUCAAAGCCAAACUUCCAGUGCCUAUCCCAAUUGAAUUCAUCAUGACGGUGAUUGCAACGGGUGUGUCCUAUGGCUUUGACUUCCAACACAGGUUUAACGUGUCUGUAGUCGGGACUAUGCAAAAGGGAUUUCAGCCCCCUAUUGAACCUAACGUGAUGAUUUUCACGCGCGCCAUAGGAGAUUCCUUCGGCAUUGCAAUCGUUGGCUUUGCCGUGGCCUUUUCCGUUGCCAGCGUCUAUUCCCUCAAACACGACUAUCCAAUUAAUGGCAAUCAGGAGUUGCUAGCCUUUGGACUGUGUAACAUAGUCACUGGAGCUUUCAGAGGAUUUGCAGGCAGUACCGCCCUCUCCAGAUCAGCGCUCCGGAGAGGAACAGGGGGAAAAAAAAUUCAGGAGAGUACAGGGGGCAAAACGCAGAUUGCUAGCUUUUUCUCUGCUCUCAUCGUGCUGAUUGUCAUCGUAGGCAUUGGAUUUCUUCUGGAGCCACUACAAAAGUCUGUCUUGGCAGCUUUAGCACUUGGAAACUUAAAGGGAAUGCUGAUGCAGUUUUCUGAAAUAGGCAGAUUGUGGCGCAAGGAUAAAUAUGAUUGUUUAAUUUGGAUCAUGACCUUCAUCUUUGCCAUUGUCCUGGGGCUCGGGUUAGGACUAGCAGCCAGCGUGGCUUUCCAACUGCUGACCAUUGUGUUCAGGACCCAGUUUCCAAAAUGCAGCACUCUAGCUAAUGUUGGGAGGAGCAACAUCUAUAAGAAUAAAAAAGACUAUUCUGAUAUGUAUGAGCCAGAAGGAGUGAAAAUUUUCAGAUGUCCAUCUCCUAUCUACUUUGCAAAUAUUCGUUUCUUUAAGCAGAAACUUAUUGAUGCUGUUGGCUUUAGUCCACUUCGAAUUCUACGCAAGCGCAAUAAAACUUUGAAGAAAAUCAAAAAACUGCUGAAUGAAGGCCUGCUACAAGUGACCCCAGAAGGAUUUUUAUGUAUUGCUGAUGGCAUUAAAGAUUCCGACAGUGAAGAGGUAGACAACAACCAGGUAGAAGAACUGCAUCAGCCAAUCACCACGGACUUGCCCUUCCAGAUAGACUGGAAUACUUAUCCUCUCAAAGUCUUAGUUCCCCAAGUCACUCUCCACAGCCUGAUUCUUGAUUUUUCAGCAGUGUCCUUCCUUGAUGUUUCUUCAAUGAGGGGUCUCAAAACGAUUUUGCAAGAAUUCAUCAGAAUCGAGGUAGAUGUGUAUAUUGUUGGAACUGAUGAUGAUUUUAUGGAAAAGCUUGCUCGGUGUGAAUUUUUUGACGAUGAAGUCAAAGACACAAUUUUUUUCUUAACAAUCCAUGACGCCAUUUUGCAUAUUUUAAUGAAGAAAGAUUACAGUACUUCAAAGUUUAACUUCAGUCAGAAAAAAGAGAAAGAUUUUGAUUUUGCCAUAAAUACAAAUGGAAGUUUACGUCAUCGGGAAUGUCAGGUACCAGUUGAAACGAAAUUCUAA